AUGGAAAAGCAAAAAGACGGCCAGGAGGCUAUUAGUGCGAUGUCGUCAAAUUCGAAUUUACGAUAUCUGAAAAGCGUGAGGACAAGGUUUCGUAAUACGUUGAAGGAAGAGGUUGAGAAAGCUGCAUCAUUGUUAACGUCGGAGUGUGAGGAAUACGAGUUAGAUGAAAAAAUAAGCAGUGCUUCGUCAUGUAUGGAAAAGAUUAGCUUAUACCGAGAAAAGGUAGAAAAUCAGAGCGAAAAACUAGUCACAUCGAUGGGGGAAAGUGAAGAAAUUGAGGUGAUUGUGGAUGAUGACUGUAGUUUGUGUUUCCGUGCAAUGGACAUUCAUCUAGAACUAAAGAAUUUCUUGAGCAAACUUUAUAAGUUAAAGGACAAAUUAGAAGAAAAACCACAUGAAGAGUCGGACACUCAUCUGUUAAUUCAACUACAGCAAAAUAUGCAACAAUUAAUGUCUUCACAAAUGAAGCAACAAGAAUUGACAAACAGAAAAGAAGCUGAAAAAUUGUCGUCAGUUAAGCUACCGAAAAUAGAUAUGAUAUCUUUCGCCGGUGAUAAAACUAAGUGGACUGAAUUUUGGGACUGUUUCCAGAGCGCAGUACACAACAAUAAAAUGAUAUCAAACAUUGAAAAAUUUACCUAUCUGAAGAGCAAAUUAUUCGGUGAAGCAGGAAGGGCGAUUGCUGGAUUAGCCCUGUCGAGCGAAAACUAUAACGUAGCAAUAGACAUUUUGAAGAAAAGAUUUGGCAAUUCACAAGAAAUAAUUGAUCUUCACUACAAGCGACUGAUAAACAUUCCGUCGGCUACAAACAAAGUUAGCAGUUUGAGAUAUUUGAUAGACAAUGUCGAUAAACAUUUUAGAAGUCUUGAAAGUCUCGAUCAAAACGUCAACCAAGACAUUAUUGUGUCAAUCAUAAAGUCGAAAAUACCUGAAGAUGUGUUACUGCAACUUGAAAUCAUGAAAGAUGUCGACGAAAAGUGGACAGUUAGAACUUUAAGCAAACGUUUAAAUGACUAUAUUGUAGCGCGUGAAAGGGCAGUAAAGGACACGAACAGUACCGACAUUAGACAACGACGCUCAGCUACGAUGUCAUAUGAAAGGAAAGAGCGAAACUUUGGACCGGGAAUGAGAAAUCGUACGUCUGAAUCUACACCAAAACAUACGACAGAGGCGUUUGUAGCGGGAGAAAAUAGAGCAAUUACGCAAACAUUUACGAAAGCGUGUAGAUACUGCAACGGCGAGCACUGGAGCGAUGAAUGUAAAAGGUAUAAAACAAUUGAUGAAAGGAAAAAACGGUUGAAAGGAUGCUGUUAUAAAUGUUUGAAAGAUAAUCAUAGAGCAAAGGACUGUAAAAGCACAAGAGUUUGUACGUACUGCAAGAAAGUGAACGUACAUCACCGAAGUUUAUGUGACAAAAGAUUUCAAAUUAAUCAAAAUCAUGAAAGCGCAAAUUUGUCCAAUGAAGUGGAAAAUGUUGAAAAUACGGAAAGCGAAAAUAAAACAUUAGAAAACGAAGAAACAGGACUUCUAUCUUACAAUGAAAAUGUAUUAAUGCAAACAGCAUUUACAGAAAUAAAAAAUGCAAGAAAUGGGCAAAGUGAACAUGUAAGACUUAUGCUUGACUGUGGAAGUCACCGAACAUAUGUUUCACAAAGUUUAGCAGAUCGUUUGAACCUGGAGGUAAAUGGAGAGCAAAGCAUUCAUCUUAUAACAUUUGGUAGCAGAAAUAAAAAGGUUAUACAAACAAAAUCAACGAAGAUCGAUAUUAAACUUCAAAACGGAGAGUACAUGACACUGACUGCAAAUAUUGUACCCAACAUCACUGGAACUAUCAGUAGAAAGGCGGUUAGAUUGAAAUCACAGUCUAAAUUUGACAGUCUUACAAAGGAUCUUAUAUUAGCGAACAAUAUCCCCACCCAAAAUGAAACUGAAACACUUGAUUUGCUUAUUGGUAAUGACUAUUACCUGGACAUCGUGCAGACUGAAAAAAUCGAAGUUCAGCAAGGACUGUACCUAUUAGCGACAAAAUUUGGCUGGAUGCUUUCAGGGAGAACAGAAGUUACUGAUGAAUACGAUUCUAGUGACAUGAACAUGUUGAUUCUAAACUAUGGAAAUAACGUAACGAAAACAAAUGUAUUCACAAACGCGGACAGUGUAGUUCCAACAAAACCAGAUAUCGAAGACUUUUGGAAUGUUGAAUCUAUUGGAAUAACUACUGAAAGGGAAAACACAGAUGAUCAAAUUGUUAUGCAACAUUUCAAGGAUACACUUAAGCGCGAGGACGGGCGAUAUCAGGUUACAUGGCCCUGGAAACGAGAUAUUGAUGAAUUGCCGGAAAAUCGUGGAUUGGCAUUAGGGAGACUGAAAUCAUUAGUUACUCGAAUCGAAAGACAACCUGAACUGAAACAGCAAUACGACGAUGUAAUUCAAGACCAGCUUGCAAAGGGCGUUAUUGAAAAAGUUGACAAAUGUGCAGAGUACGGAUAUAAACAUUAUAUCCCACACCAUGUAGUUAUCACACCAACGAAAUGUACAACCAAACUUCGAGUUGUUUAUGAUGCAUCAGCAAAGACAAGAGCUGACAACAAAAGUCUGAAUGAAUGCUUAUACAGAGGCCCUGUCAAGCUACAUGACCUCUGUGGAAUUUUAAUGCGGUUUAGAUUACACAAAAUUGGUAUAGUUGCCGAUAUAGAGAAGGCAUUUCUGCAAGUGGGAUUACAACCUUUAGAAAGAGACGUUACCCGAUUUCUGUGGCUCAAGGACAUCAAUAUAUCAAUCAUAAAUGAAGACAAUAUACAAGAAUUUCGCUUCGCAAGGGUGCCGUUUGGCGUAAUUUCGAGUCCAUUUCUACUGGGUGCCACUAUCGAAUGCCAUCUGGAUUCAUAUGAAAGUGAAAUUUCAGAAAAACUGAAAAAUGAUAUAUACGUGGACAAUGUUAUUACUGGAACCGAAACCGAGACUGAAGCCAUUAAGUUUUACGAAACAUCAAAAUCGAUCUUUAAAGGUGCAUCAAUGAACUUACGUGAAUGGACUACAAACAGUAAAUCCGUGAAUACUUCCAUACCUACUGAAGAUAGGUCAGGGUGUGAAAAGACAAAGGUGCUAGGACACUAUUGGAAUGUUAAAGAUGACACAUUUUCUAUCAAAGCGUCGAUCUUGUUACCUGAAACGUCACAGAUUACAAAACGAACAGUGCUAAAACAGAUAGCUUCAGUGUAUGACCCUCUAGGUCUAUUCUGUCCGAUUUUGCUUCGGGGGAAGAUACUUCUACAAUCAUUGUGGAGUAAACAUUGUGACUGGGAUGAUGAACUUGAAAAUAGUGACAUUCUGUCAUGGAAAUCGAUCAAAGAAGAUUUUGUUAAUAUUCCAAAUUCUCAAAUUCCAAGAUAUGUUGGAUUACAAGUUGUCGAUGAAAAUACAAAAGUACAAAACAGAUUGGUUUGCUUCUGCGAUGCUUCAAAAUAUGCAUAUGCGUGUUGCAUUUAUCUUAUUCAGGGAGAUAAAAAUGUAACAAAAGGGAACCUUGUAUUCGCAAAGUCAAGAUUAGCUCCUAUAAAACAAAAUAUGACGAUUCCAAGAUUAGAAUUACUGGCGAUGGUCAUAGGAGUUCGUUGCAUUGAAUUUGUGAGAAAAGAGCUUAAAUUAGAAAUAGAAGAAACUUACUUGUUCACGGACUCGCAAUGUGCAUUGAAAUGGACAGAAACAGAAAAGGCGUUACCCGUAUUUAUCAAGAACAGAGUUAAAGAAAUAAAAAGUCACGGUGACAUUUCGUUUAGAUACGUAUCUACAAAGGAAAAUCCAGCAGACGUAGCAAGUAGAGGAGUUACAAUGGAUCAGCUACAAAACAAUCAACUAUGGUGGCAUGGUCCUAGUUGGUUAUCGAAACCGAAAAACGAAUGGAAAAUUGACGAAAAAUUUGUGAUAGCGGAAUCAAAAUUUGAAAAUACUGAGCAAGAUGUAGAAACGAAGAAAAAUGAACCAUUGUUAAAAUCUGAAGAUGCGCCUGCUUUAGGUUCAGACAAUAAUUCUCCUUGCGGAAUUAAAAGUGAAAAGUACUCAUCUGCAAUCAAGCUGUUCAGAGUUACAGCCCUUGUCUUACGUUUUAUCAAAAGGAUAAAGAAACAGAAAUGUGAAACUGAAUCGAUUUCAAGUGAUGAAUUGUUACAUGUCGAAAAUUUGUGGAUAUUGCAUUUACAGAGAAAGUGCUAUCAAGAUGUGUACGAGUCGAUUACAAACGGUAAAAAAUGUACCAUAAAGCAACAGCUUGGAGUAUUCAUAGAUAAAAAUGGUCUGCUUAGAUGCAGAGGCAGGCUUGAAAACGCAAAUAUUAGCGAUGCAGCCAGAUAUCCUAUCCUUUUACCAAAGAAAGAUCAUAUUACACGUUUAAUUAUUGAACGCGCUCAUAAACAGCAACUUCAUAGUGGAUUAUCUCAAACGUUGAGUGCUGUGCGAUAUAAAUUCUGGAUUCCCAGUGGGCGUGCUACUGUGCGCAGUGCGUACUGUGUCGAAAAAUCGAGGGCGGUGCGUACAAGAUGCCGCCAAUGCCCCCGUUUCCAAAGGGACGUGUUACGGAGGCGGUCGCGUUUGAAAGGACAGGUCUUGAUUAUCUGGGACCCCUCUACAUAA